CUGAUCAGGAUAAGCCAAUCACAGCGAUUACUGUAUUAUCACCUUUUACUAAAUGUUUCUCGCACAUUUUAUAUAAAAAUGGUGCGGAGGGCUAUUAUUCGAAUGUAAGAUACUAAUCAUUAUAAUAAGUAUAUUUAAAAUAGUGUACAUUGUAAUAUAAAAAAAUACAAUAAGACAAAAACAUCCUGAGAUUUGAAUGUGGUCUUAAAAGAGAAUUUUAUUUAACUGUCUUGCCCCAUCGGGCCUACUUGACAAAGACAGUUAUAUGUCUGGUAUGAAUAACAGAUAGUUGUUUAACUAGUAGCAUUUCACCUUUUUAGACGAUUUAUCUUUUUAGGUCACCUGUCGUGUAUUCACGACAAAUAACACUGCGCUGCAAUAACGCAGAGAACUGCGGUAUAAAUCCCAUCCAUAUGCUAUAAAGAUUAGUCUUCCACAGCACAUAGACUGUAAACAGUGGCUCCUGAUUCGCCAGUGAAUGAAGAUUGGCCGCCGUCUGCCGGUGUGGACCCGUCAGUUCUAUUGUUGCAGUUAUUUGUCAGCAGUACAAUGGAUAAAACGUUGUAUUCGGACAAAGCCGAAGACGUCGCUACCUCCUCUAGUUUCCGCCAGUUUAAAAUAAAUCAUUUUCAUCUCGAUCUUAAAGUGGACUUUGAGCAGAAAACCAUAUCAGGUACCGAAACAAUACAGCUGCAGUGCAUUGAUGGUCAAAGUGAGUAACAGCUGGAUAUUCAUCCAACACUGUCUGUGCAUGAGAUCACGUUCAGUCCUAAUGCACGACGUAACUGGACCACAACCGAAUUUCUGAUUCGAGACUUCACCAAUUAUGGGACAACUCUGGUCGUGAAGUUUCCAAAAACUUACAUCUCAGAUGACAAACUUCAACUUGUAAUCAUGUAUACAGCUACUGAUGGACCAGGGGUGUGUUGGCUGGAACCAGAGCAGACUGUGGGAAAGCUCAAGCCUUAUGUUUUUACUCAAGGCCAGGCUGUUCUCAACCGCUCCUUCUUCCCUUGCUUUGAUACUCCAGCAGUAAAGAGCAUCUACUCUGCAACAGUUCAGGUUCCUGAUGGCUUCACAGCAGUUAUGAGCGCUAGUAAAUGGGAACAGAGGAAAGCAGACAGCGCUUUCCUGUUCACCAUGGAGCAUCCUAUUCCUGCUUACCUGGUAGCUCUGGCAGUCUUUUACCAUAAAGAAAUCAUGUCACAAGGUAUAAAAACAUGUGUCCGGACUGAGCCUUGUUUACUGCAGGCUGCCAAGCAGGAGUAUGAUAAUGUGAUCGAAGAGUUCCUGUCCGUGGGAGAGAAACUGUUUGGACCCUACGUUUGGGGAAGAUAUGACGUGCUGUUCAUUCCUCCAUCCUUUCCUUUCGGUGGGAUGGAGAACCCCUGCCUAACCUUUGUCACACCCUGUCUGCUGGCUGGCGAUCGUUCUCUCGCUGACGUCAUUGUACACGAGAUCUGCCACAGCUGGCUUGGAAACCUCGUCACCAACGCCACCUGGGGUGAUUUCUGGCUGAACGAGGGCUUCACCAUGUAUGCUCAGCGCAGGGUUUGCAGGGAGCUGUAUGGUAUGCUAUAUAUUAUUUGAACCUUCAUUGAAGUAUUUCACUAAUAAAGAAUUCAAUAAAAAAAGCACCAUUUGAUUCUCAGGA